CCAGGCCGACGAGGGUGGGAUUCGAACCCACGCGUGCAGAACACAAUGGAUUAGCAGUCCAUCGCCUUAACCACUCGGCCACCUCGUCUCGACACGCCGAGACUUCCAAGUACCUUAUUUCAGAGGUUACACUCGAGGACUCCUGGCUGUCUCGAAUGCAAGGACAUUUAGGGGACGGACGGAGACGUCCGGGGGACAUGGAGCUGGCCGGCUCCCACACGAAUGGGCCAAGGGUUGGACUGGAAAACUCGCGAAGGGGAAAAGGCGGGCUCAGCGCUCCCAGGAGGCAGGACAGGGGUCCAGCGGCGACAGCGGCGCCUGGCGGGGGGUCUGGUUCGCGGGCUCAGGCGGCCCGGCCGCCAGGGGCGCAUGCGCGCGGGCGGUGGGCGUGGCCCGGCGGCGCGGGAACCCGUGCGCGCUCAGCACCUGCGCUCCGAGGGCGCCCCCGAGCCGGCCGCGGGCAGGGGCUCCCAGAGCCGGUCCCCCAGGAGCCGCCCGCGAGGGACCUGGCGAGUCCGGACUGCGAAUUCGUGGUAACUUGGACAGUUUGGGAGAUGGGACGACGGGUCUACUCCGCGUCCUCCGCCUCGACGCUGCGGGGAAAACUGCGCCCAGAAGAAGCCUUAACUCGCGGGGCUCCUCUCCCGCGCCUCCGCCUCAGAGGAACCGUAUAUAAGUGUUCUAGAAAUUAUGUGAAAUUCUCUUACCUUCUGAAAUUGCUGUCAUCGAAGUUGAGGUUCACACUAAAAAGACUAAAGCUAAGUAUCGGAGAAGUGCCCCAGCUGGCUUUCAUGCGGAGUCAGCAGCAACAGAGUCUAUAAAAGUUGUGGCACGUGUGGAUGAAGUCCAGUCUGCUUCUGCAAAACAUGGCCCCUCAUUGCCCGACUUUUGCCCUCCUGAUGUCCUUGUAAAAUGACAACUUUAUGCUCCUGAAUCAGAGAAAUUAAUGUGAGUAAACAAGGGUUAUAGACAUGCCUAAGAAUGAAAUUGGACCAUUUCCUUACACCAUACACAAAAAUAAACUCAAAAUGGAUGAAAGACCUCAAUGUGAGACAGGAAUCCAUCAAAAUCCUAGAGGAGAACACAGGCAGUAACCUC